AUGCCGGAAACGCGCAACAUCGUCGUCCUCGGCGGCUCCGUCGCCGGCCUCAGCGCCGCGCACUACUUACUCAAACACACCCUGCCCAAACUCCAGCAGGUCAAGGACGUCAAGUAUGAGUUGCACAUCAUCGACCAAUCCACGCAUUUUUGGUGGCACAUCUCCGCGCCGCGCGCCAUCGUGUCAACGAAGGAGAUCAAGCACAGCGACGCCUUCGUCCCUAUCAUGGCCGGCUUUAAGCAAUACCCGGCCUUCAAGGACGCCAUCCACUUCCACCAGGGCACGAUCGAGGGCGUGCAUACCGCGCUGCGCCAGGUCUCCUUCAAGACCUCCGAUGAAAAGGUCGAUGUCUUGGAUUACUAUGCCUUGAUCAUCGCCACCGGCAUCCGGUCUCCGACCCCUCUGACUACGCUCCAUGGCGACCACACCGUGUCGCAGAAGGCUCUCGACGACAUGAACGCCAAGCUCGCGUCCGCAAAGGAUAUUGUCAUCGGAGGCGGAGGCCCAAUUGGAGUCGAGACGGCCGGCGAACUUGGAGCGCAUCUCAAAGGCAAAGCGAAAAUCACGCUCAUCGCCGGCUCCAAGAAACUCCUUCCCAUCCUCGGGCAGAAGUUCACCGACAAAGCGCAGAAGCAGCUGGAGAAGAACGGCGUCGAGGUCAAGUAUGGCGUGCGUGUCAAGGAGACCCAAGAAACGUCGGACAAACGCGUCGAAGUCAAGCUCGACAAUGGCGAAAGUCUGUUGGCCGACGUCUACAUCCCCGCCGUCGGCGUCACGCCCAACACUGAGUUCCUCCCCAAGUUCCUCAAGCAGGAGAACGGCUACGUCAAGGUCAACCCGGCCACUCUGCGCGUCGACGAGGCCGGGGACAAAUUCAUCUACGCCGUCGGCGACGUCGCGGGCGUCGAUCAAGGCGGCGUGCUCAACUUCUUCAAGUCGUUCCCCGUCGCCGCCGCCAACAUGAGCCACGACUUGUGCUCCGAGGCCAAGGCGGGCAUGGUCCCGGAGAAGAGGUUCAGCCGCAAGGACUCCGAAACUCAGUUAGUCCCAAUUGGUGCCAAGGCCGGACUUGGCGCGUUCAAUGGACACUCGGUGCCGUCCAUGAUUGUCAAGAAGUUCAAGGGCAAGGAUUAUAUGCUGAGCCAGGUGCCGAAGUUCACCGAGGGCAAGCAAUGGUCGAAGCCGUAG